ACGACGAUGUAUUGCGAUGUAUUACAUCGCUGUUACAAUAAAAAAGAAACAUAUUUUUUUAUUUUUUCCCUUAUUCGUCGAAAGAAGAAAAACAAACAGACAGUGUGCAUAGCGUCUAUACUAUUAUGAAACGUUUCUACACCCAGUUUGACAAACAGCAAAUACUUUAUAAAUCACUUUUAGACGUUAAUCCUCAACUCUUUGAAUUCGAUUGCUUCCGUGUAAAGUUAAUAAGUCUUAUAUAAAGAUUUUCAAAAACAGAGUAGUUAUAAAAAGAAAAAAAUCGUUUGGAAUUUGUUGAUAUUCUAAAACAAUCCGCGGCAGAUCUAUGAAGACAAAUUUUAAAGAAUUUUCUACGACAAACUUGUCUACAUUCUGAUUUGAAACCUGCAAGUUUCUGUUGCAAACCUGAUUCAGAUUUUCCUUGGAGAACGUUCACUAAAGAUGGUUUGAACUUUUUCAGGAGUAUAAGACCGAUAACACUUUUCUCAUCAUUGUGGCAGCAACGAUAAACAAUAAAAUAUAACAGAUAUUUUAUUUACGCAAAGUGAGAAGCAUCAAAGAUCUCUGACGUAUAAUAACAAUAAUGACUCAAGCCAAACAUAAAAAAGAUAGCGAUAAAUAAACAGAAGACAGCGUAAGAUAGAAAGAUAAAAUAUCAUAAUUUUGAAAUUAAGAAAGCUCCUAAGGAAGAGACGCAGCGGGUUAUAGGAAGCCAGUCUCUCUUCCGAAUAAGUAUACAUUUUACAUACAUAUAUGUCAGCGUCCAAUGUGGGAUUCAGUCCAAUAUAAGAUUGGCCUAGGCUAAUGUGGAAUCCGAGUUUGAACUAGUCGAUACUAGGAUCCCACUUUGGCCUAGAGUUUUUACAGUUCAAAGUUGGAUGACAAUAUGAACUAGAUUAUUGGACUGAAAAAGUUAGUCCAAACUAAUCAAACUGUAUUUUCCUCAGGCCAAUGAAAGAUUGUAUUGACGAACGAAGAUUGUAUUGUGUACGUAUACACCAAUACGUACACAUGUAGCUAAAAUAAAAAUAUUUUUUCUCUUGUACAAUCAAUAUCCGCACUAUAUUUUAACGUCAGACAACGUUGUGAUGGAUGAUAAUAGUUUAAUUAUUCCUGAUACUGAUAUUCUUACGCAUCAAGGUGGGGAUAUUAUAAUUAGUCAAAAUGAUGACAAUAACCAAGCGUUGCAAAAUGAAACGCUUGUUCAUGCAAAGAUGUCCAUGCAAGAAAAAUAAAUUGUUUUAUUUUACAAAAUGUUAUAAAAACAAAGUAUAUUGUGGUAAUGAAAGUAUUGCAGCAUGAGAAAUUAAAGUAUUAUAUUUAGCUACUUUUCUGUAAAAUUCAUGCAUUUUUCAUGAAAAAUCUAAACCUGAAGAAUAUAUUCAGAAUCAAUGGUGCUAGCUGCUAUUACUUUUAUCCCAUAUUGGCCCGAGCAAAAUAUAGUUUGAUUAGUUUGGACUAACGUUUUCAGUCCAGUCUCAGAUUCAACUGCAAUGUUUUCUUCACUCCCACGUUGGACUAGUUCAUACUAUCAUCCGACUUUGGACUGCUAGGCCAAAGUGGGAUUCUAGUAUGGACUAGUUCAAACUUGGAUCCCACAUUAGCCUGGGUCAAUCUCAGAUUCGACCGAAUCCCACAUUGGAUGCUGACAUAUGCAUAUUUGUCUUUAAUUGAUAAAAGUAAAAAUAAAGAGUAAUGAAAUAUUUAUUUACUUUUGACAAGAGCAGCCCCCCUUCAUCGCUACAUUCCUGGAAAAGAGAAGAAUAAGGUGACAUAAGAAAAUAAAAGGAAACAUUAAAAAGCGUAAAGACCUGUAAUAACUGUGAGUGGUGAUGGUCCAACAAAAGAGACAUUAAUAUAAGUAACUUAAGUAUCAUAUUCUACUACCAGGUGGUGGUAUGUCAACAUAAUAUAAUGCUCUGAUUUGUAUCUAAUAAAAAAUUACAAGUGUUAAGGUAGAAAUAAACAAAGAAAAAGUACAGUAUGACAUUAAAUUGGGGCAACAUCUGUUUAUAGAGUAUACGCUGUCUCUUCAAAAACAACAUCAGUCAUUUCGCGUGAGCCCACUUCUGACUUGAUCUUAAAAAGAGAGCUGUUAAUAAAAAAGGUAAGCACGGAGUUUUCGGAUAUGCUAUUUUAUAGCAGAAAGAUGACUCUUUCAUGCUGAAGCUUUCCCAAUUUUUCAAGUCAAGUAGAUCGAGUGCAGAUGAGCGUUACCUUGUAGCAGUUUGUUUGUUUUUUUUAAUUUUUUUUUCUAUCUAAUAAUAAGUAAAACAAAUACGUCCAUCUUUUGUACCGAAGCCAUUAUCCAAUCCUCUUUGUCUAAAACUAUUGUUGAGCGCUUUAUACAACCAAACUGAAUAACUCGAUCUUUUAUUAUUGUUUGUAACAAUGGACACAAGGUCUGAAUUACAUGUAUUGUAUACUAAAAGCGUAAAAAAUUCGCACUCUUGAUUUAUGUGCAUUGGUGUAUCACAAACCGUUUUGUGACGCGUCACGUAUUUGCAGAAAAAUCGUAUACCGCGCCAAGUAAAACAAAUACUUGUCAUAUCAGACCUCUGCUUGAAAAUGUGAAUUUUCAUAGAUAUUUCGUCAAGUAAUUUUUACAUAUUAUUUUCUAGAAUUACUUAGCAAGUAUUUGGCAAGUGACCAUGAGAAUACAAGUGAGCAACCGAUCCUGUGACGACUGAAUGUGUGUGGAAAGGUGUGCACCCUCCUGUUUUGAAGAAAAUUCUCAUUAAAUACCUUUUAUCCCAGAAAUUUUGACCUAUAUUAUAAAAAUUUAAUAGUAUAUCGACAGAGUCGUGACGACAGGGGGAUGUAGGGGAGUGUAUGCCCCUCCUGCUUCUUGAAUUUAUUACGUUCUCCUGCUCAUAAACCUGCACAUUCACUACGGUGGUCUUGUCUAGACUGAAAUAAUUUAAUUGGAUUGUAUAAAGUAUACAAUGACUCAAGUGAUUGACCUCAGACGAAUAAUCUUUUACAUGUAUAUGUGUCAACAAUGUAAUUAAAGCCGAUAUCGUUUCCUAUUGUUUUUCCUUUGUUAUGUCAACAACAAGGAUAUGUUCUUGUACUUUUGAUUACGAACUACCUUGUAAAACACAUCUAUCGUCAUAAACAUUGUUUUAAAGGAAUGAAUGCAAAUAUAAUCAUGCUUUGUCAGUUAAACGAUUUAUUUUUCUUUACUAUUUUUUCAGAUAUAUUUUGUCGUACACUUUGGUGCUUGUUUUCGUAUUAUGGAUAACAGUGAUUCAACAAAAUCCCAUUAUAACCUUCGAGCGUUGUUGUCAACUCGUAAAAAAUGCUUUGAUUUUCUACAAAAUAAUCAAAUAUUGGCAUCGAACAACAAUGCAAUAGGAAUAGCAACAGGAUUAUCAAAAUCUUCUGAAAAAGACUGUUCUAAUACAUCUAAACAUUCAUCAUCAUCUUCAUUGCCAAAGAAAUUAAAUAUUAUAUCUCAAGAUAAUAAUGCCAGUGAUUUAAGUGUUGCUCCAUCACAGAAAAUUCACAUCUAUGCAGAUUUUCUGCAUACAACAUCCAGUUUACCUUCAACAUUUUCAUCAAGUAUACGAUCUUAUUUUGAUACAUCACACGAGACAGGUUCAAACUCGGGUCAUGAAAGUAGUAAUACAUCAUCAUCAGGAAUAUCAUCUAGAACUAGUAAUAAUUCAAAUAAAAGUGAAGAUUCAGAUUUAAGUGAAAUUGAUUUUUCAAUUGGUUUCACAGAUGGAGAAGAUAAUAUACCAAAUUUAGAUGAUAUUAAUGCAGAAGAUGAAGAACAAAUUCUUCAAAAAAAUGCUGAUACAUUAACGAUAAUUGGAAAUGAAAAUAGUAACAAUAGAUGUAUAGAAGAUUUUGACGAUUUGUUAAAUAAAUACGAUCCCGAUAAUGAAGAUGAUGAAGAUAGCAGUAGCAGUGGAAAACAAACAACAGGCUUUUUAAAUUCACUCAGUUCAUCCACAAAUACUUUAUAUGCUGAGCAUUUCUCAUUAUUUACUGAAGGUGAAGAUCAGGAAGCAAAUGGACUUUGCCGUUCGAAUUCAUUAAAAAUUAUACAACCAAUUGAUAAAAAAUUUUCAGAAAAAGCACCGAAAAAAGUUGUACGAUUUGCUGAUGUAAUGGGUCUCGAUUUAGAAUCCAUUCGCUAUAUGACACCUCCAGGCACAUCAGUAACAUUAUUAAUUACCGAUUGUAUUAAAACAAGAUUAGAACAACUGAAAUUAAUUCGAACAAGUUUAAAAUCAUCUAACAGUGAUCCUAAUUUAAUAACAAUUAAUAAUAAUAAUAAAUCAGAUCUUUAUCUUGUAUCAGAGCCAUUUUUUUCACCCACAAAUAUUGUCCAACAAGUUUAUGAACGACAAGUAGUCUUGGAAUGUUUAUAUAUAAAAGAUAUAUCAGCUUAUGGAACGGUUCGAGUUAAUAAUUGUUCAUUUAAUAAAAAAGUAUUUGUUCGUUCUACAAUCGAUCAAUGGGAAACAUACAACGAUAUACAGGCCAUGUAUAAUUUACACAAUUCUAAUGAUAACACUGAUUCAUUUACAUUUGAAUUAACAAUACCAGACAAAUUGUUAAAAGAUGACACAUUAGCACAACAAAAUACAACUAUUUUUUUCGCAGUAUAUUAUCAGGUGAUGGGAAAGGAGUAUUGGGACAAUAAUUUUGGUUCGAAUUAUUUUUUGAAUAUUCUUAAACGGUAA